AUUCAUUUCUUCAUUCAUUUCUUCAUUCUCCAUUCUCUUUUCUUUUUCUUCUCUGUAAUUGUUUCUUUCUUUUUUUUCUUUUUUCUACAUAAGCAAGAAUACUAUCGCCUCUAUCGUAUUCAUCAUCCAUACUGGACUGGACUGAAUUGAAUCUGAUUUUUUGUCUUUACUUUUUUUAUUCGACAGUAACCAGUUGAAAUAAGAAAAAACUUAAAUUCCUUUUCCUCCCCUUCAGUUCCAUUUCUCUCUCUCUCUCUCUCUCUCUCUCUUACUCUUGUGCUGGGUUGGUUAUUAUCUCCUCUUUUUCUCUCCCCCUCCUUUUUCAGUUCACUUCACAUUACCUGCUUAUAAAUAUAUUAAAAUAACAUGGAUUGGAUUGUACUCACCACAGCUGCGGGUGAGGCUGUCAGUCAAGUCCUCAUCGUAGUGGCGUGUGGUGUGAUCCUUUCGCGGAAUGGUUAUCUUUCACAGCCAGCUCAAAAGGCAAUAUCAAAAGUGAACUUGUAUUUCAUGACUCCUUGUCUAAUGUUCACAAAAAUAGCGUCUACUAUCAGUUGGACGCAAUUUAAAGCAUAUUGGCCCAUUCCUGUUUUCUAUUGCCUCUUCUCUUCUAUCUCAUGGCUCGUCGCUAAAAUUGGAUCGCGCCUUCUGGGUUUCUCAAAAGAUGAGGAGAAAUUUGUAAUUGCCUCCGUGCUAUUCUCUAAUACAAAUUCACUACCCAUGGCCUUGAUGCAGUCCUUGGCUUUUAGUGCUGCAGGAGAGCACCUGCUCAGAGAUGAGAACGAUACCAAAGCAGAUGUCGCUGCAAGGGGAAUUUCAUACAUUCUUUUCUAUGCCAUCUUUGGAAAUUUAGUGCGAUGGUCCUAUGGUUUCUCCUUGUUAGUGCCCAGGGACAAGACAAAGGAAGAAGAAACAGACUAUAAUGAGCAGUUACCGCCAUCUGUUGUAAUCAAUGUCGAUCCGUCGACAUCUAGACGCACUGAUGCCACAGCCUCAACAUUACAUCCAUCCUAUAAUGGUGCUGGGCCAGACGAUCCUGCAGCCACACCUACACUCCAAACUUUUAAACCUGCUCCCAUCAAUACAUCUUAUCUGCAUCCCACGUACGCGAACUCGUCUGCGCCUUCGCCUGCUCUCUCGGUCAAAAGCGCUACUAAAUCUGUUCUCAUGCGUGCAACCUCAACAGUAAAUGAAAGGCUUCGCCAGGUCCUUACACCACCAUUGACGACUGCUCUGAUAGCUCUUUUCAUUGGCCUCGUUCCGGCACUUCAUCACCUGUUCAUGAGUCCACAGUCGGUUGUCUACAGAUUUCUGAUUCGUCCAAUUGAAAGCUGUGGUGACGCGGCUAUCCCAAUGAUCCUGUUAUGUCUCGGCGCACAGGUCGUUCACUUUGCAUCCUCUUCUUCCUCCCCUUCCCCCUCCCCAUCCUCUUCCUCAUCCUCAUCCAACGACAAUAUCACCACCAACAUCCUCUCUUCUUCUGAAGCUGUUGCUCCCAAACAGUCAAAGUCUCGAGGUAAAGCACCUCAAGGAUCUUCCCCACCCCCACAGACUGGUUUAGGUAUUUACGCCUCGACCAGCCAGGACGACUCGUCCAGCGACGAAGAGCGCAAUCCUGCAUUGCUCUCUGUUCAUAAAACCUACAACACCACUCCUACUUCCAAGCAAGCCCCUUAUGGCAAUGGUAUUGCCACUGCACAGUCCAACGCCUCUUCUUCAGCCACCCUCCUUCAUUUUCAUCAGCCCUCUGACCAAGGUCGUCCGAGCUUCCGCUCUACAGCUAUUUCAGAUGACUCGGAUAAUGAAGAUGCAGAUGAAGCAUUGCCUCUUCUCAAGUCCUCUCCAACCCAGUCUUCUCCCUCACCUCGUUUUCAAGAUACCGUUGCCAUCAAGGCAUCCGGCGCCUCUAACUACCGCAUUCCAUGGAUCAAGCCCAUCCCGUUUGUCCUGUUUGCAAGGAUGAUAGUGGUCCCAGUACUAUGCUUACCGGCCGUAAUCUUUCAUCCUGACCAUCUGUCUCCUAUAUUAACAAUGGACCCAACGUUCUCCUUGGCCUUGGUCUUGUUGGUGGCAGCACCAACAGCGAUCAAUACCAUUCAAAUGUGUCAGAUCAAGGGCUUUUUUGAGAUGGAGAUGGCUUCAGUCCUCUUCUGGAGCUACUGCAUUUUCGGCAUUCCUUGCAUCCUUGGUUGGUCACUUGUCGGACUCUGGGUAGCAGAGCGCGAAUGAAAAAUGUAUAUAGCAAAUAAGCAAACGAUAACAAAAAAAAAAAAAAUAGUAGUCAUUGAUAGCGUACAACAUCCAAUCCUUUUCUGGCCAUGUAUCCGAAACAAUGGCCGAGUGUUUCGAGGGCGAAUAAAAAAAAGGAGGCAUGGGCACAGACCCCGAAGCACAGCCUCUUACCCUCUUUUUCUCUAUUUCUAUUUCUUGAAGAGUAAACAGUGUAGACAGGACAGUGUUUGAGAGCGUCUAAUAGUAAGUCAAGCUUUGCGGUUUAUUGUGGUGUCUCAAAAUAUAUUAAGCUGGAGACUUCCUGUACCAGCCAUUCAAGGGAAGGAAUCAUAAUGUGUAUCGAAAAUAAUAACAGUAAAAUGAUAUAAUAAUAAUAGUCGUAAUA